AAAUAGAAAUAAAUCAAUCUAAUUUACAAUAAAGGUAGAAAGAAGUUUCUUCAUGUGUCAUAUUUUGUCUGUUAACGACCUCUUUUUAGUAAUCGCCCUAGUAUUACUAAAAUUAUCCCGUCCAAGUAUGUACAUAUAUGAUCACUAGACGACUACACGCAUGAGGAAAUUAGAGGUAGGACUUCGAACGUAGUUUUGCACGUUCCACCAGGAAAUCAGACCAUUCGUCCGAUUAAUCCUGUUUGUUAUUCAACCUGCAUCACAAACUAUUACAAUAUCAAAACGGAAGGUCGGGAAGUUACGAAAAGGAUGAAAACGGUCUCGAAUUUGUAAUUAACGUUGGGUGAAUAAUUUAUUUGACAAAACAAAUUUUCCAGAAGGAGUAUGCUGGUGCCCCUUAUGUAGAGGAAGGUUGCUUGAUGUGUUUCACAUAAUAAAGGCGUGUAGGCCUUGGCUCCAUAAAGAGAGUGUGUAGGUGUGCGCCAGUCUUAAGAAUGGUACUAGGACACAGUAGUAAGUUUCAGGUUCCAAUGUUCCACUUUAAUGGGAUUUGGAUUUUUUUUGAUUGUAUAUAGUCGUCAAAAUAUAGUCGUGUCAAGCCUUGGCUCCACACAGAGAGCAGUUUGUAACAGCAAUAUGCGUUUCUCUGUGCUCGCUAGUUGUGGGAUUUGCCAGUGCUUACACUUCUCCAGCGCUUGUUUCGAUGAAUGAACCCGGGAGCAGACUUCACGUAUCCCCCCAAGAGGCGUCUUGGAUAGGAGCCCUUUUACCUUUGGUCGCACUUGUAGGAGGAAUACUCGGUGGACCUCUGAUAGAGCACUUCGGAAGAAAAAGGACCAUACUUUGUAGCGCCGGUCCUUUUAUUUUCUCGUUUCUUCUGAUCGCCUUUGCUCGGAAUGUAGCCAUGAUUAUGGCUGGAAGAGCAAUCGGUGGAUUCAGCAUCGGCGUUGCAAGUCUUGCACUCCCACUUUACCUUGGUGAGUGUCUGCAAGCAGACGUCAGAGGGACUUUGGGACUUUUUCCUACGACAUUUGGCAACGGUGGAAUCUUGUUGGCAUUCUUCGCUGGGAAGUAUCUCACCUGGGACAAGCUCGCUUUAUUUGGGGCAACCCUUUCCGUCCCUUUUAUGGCCCUUAUGUUUUUCAUGCCAGAAACGCCCAGGUGGUAUGUCAAUAAAGGAGAGCAGAAAAAAGCUAAAAAUGCUCUCCAAUGGCUUAGGGGAAGUUCUACUGAUAUAUCUAAAGAAUUUUCUGAUAUUUGUGGAGUGGAUAACCUUGAUGGUAGUCCUUCUUCACCCAUAUCUGAGCUCUUCACAAAGAAAUAUCUCCUUCCUAUAUCGAUUUCUUUGGGGCUCAUGUUUUUUCAACAAUUGAGUGGUAUCAAUGCUGUCAUUUUCUACACCGUCAGUAUCUUCAAGGAUGCUGGUAGUACGAUAGACUCCAAUCUCUCCUCAAUAAUAGUCGGUUUGGUUAACGUUGGUGCAACAUUGAUGGCAACUCUGCUUAUUGAUCGCCUAGGCAGAAAAGUGCUCAUGUAUAUUUCAAACAGUCUGAUGACAUUGACCCUUGGAGUUCUUGGCACUUUUUUCUAUCUUAAAAACCAAGGGUAUGAUAUGUCCCAAUAUGGAUGGGUCCCACUGUCAGGAUUUGUCAUUUAUGUAAUUGGCUUUUCCAUUGGAGCUGGUCCAAUUCCAUGGCUCAUGAUGGGAGAAAUACUACCAGCUAAAAUAAGAGGCACUGCUGCAUCAAUUGCCACAGGAUUUAACUGGACUUGUACAUUUCUUGUAACAAAGACAUUCAUAGAUCUACGUGAACUCAUUGGUGCGGAAGGCGUUUUCUGGCUUUUCAGCAUGAUCUGCACAGUCGGUGUGGUUUUUGUUGCAAUUUGCGUGCCUGAAACACAAGGGAAAAGCCUGGAGGAUAUCGAACGGAACUUCACUGGUGAAAAUCUUCCAGUGCGAAGGGUGAAGAGGCUUUCAUCUCUCGCAAGCAUCAAACCGCUUCCAAGCUCUAUUUAAAUUUUUAUAAUCUCUGCGCAAACCUGUGAUUUAUGUUCCUAUUUAAUUUAUUUUUAAUGAUUUAUUCU